AUGAGCGAAUUCGACUACUCCAAAGUGCCGGUGGAGUCCCUAGAGUCGCUUAGAAACCGGCUCAACCAAGUGCAUCUCUCGCUCCGAAAAUUAGCAGAUCAAGUGAACCACAAUAUUCGAAACCCCAACAAGGCGAAACUUCCCAACUAUGCUCAGUUCCAGAACCAAUUCCAUGUGCUCAUCACACAACUACAAUCAAUUGCAUCGAUAUUGACCAACGACGACGAUAUACUCAAACGGACCAAUGCGUAUCCAUUGCCCAACUUUCCCACCACCGAACAAGAAGCAUUGGUGACCACUUUAUUACGAAAGAAACCGCUUCCCGAGGUUGAGGGCUGGAUGAAAGAUGCCAUAGGACGGGGAGCAUUGCAGGAAUCCGACCUUGAAAAAGACGAAGCAUUUGUCAAAUGGUGUGCGGAAACAGUCCAAGAUCUCCGAGACGAAUUUCAGUUUUAUGGGUUCCAUUCGCAGCAAGAGUUGGAGUUCUUGGAGACAGAAGAGGGCAAGAAGGAAGCACAGCGCAAGCGGGAUCUUGAGCUUGAGCAAGAAGAGGAAAAAAUGAGAACUACUGGUGGAAAGCAACCGCUCCAUCCUAAUAAGGUAUUGAAAUUCAUGUACCAAGGGGUUUUGGACGAUAGCUAA